GCAACAGUGACAACAAGAUGAAGGCGCUCGCGCUGAGCUGUCUGUUGGUGCUUGUAGCCAUCGCGAGCGGGAGAGACAUCCGUGAGAAAAGAGAUGCUGAUCUAGAGACUGCGGCGUCUCAUCACGAACACGGAGGAGGAAAAGAACAUCAUCAUCAUCACCAUAACGAUCACGGCGGUAAGGGUCAUAAGGGAUAUAAAGGACACCAUCAUCACGAGCACGGAAAGAAGGGCCACCACCAUCACGAGGGACACAAGGGACAUCACGGUCAUCACGAAGGCCACAAAAAAGGUCACCACCACGAUGAAGGCCACCAUCAUGAGCAUCACCAUGGUGAGAAAGGCGAAAAGGGACACGGAUUUGAAGAAAAAGGACAUUACCACAAGGGCCACUCCACUAAAGGCCAUCACGGAGUUCACAAGUUAGAUGAAUUUAAGAAGAACAAGAAAUUCCAUGAUAAAUAUGGAGAAUCUGGAUUUGAGGAAGGUUACGGUGGACAUCACGAUGAGCACGGUCACAAAAAAGGGGGACAUUUCCAUAAGGGACAUGAUCACGGCGGCCAUCACGAACACCAUCAUGGAAAGAAGGGCUUCCACGAGAAAGGGGGAUACCAUCAUGAUCACAAGGGUCAUCAUGAUGAAGGUAGUGACCAUGAGCAUCAUCACCAUCACCAUGGUCAUGGUAAGAAGGGCGGUCAUGAUGAACAUAAGCAUUGGGGAUUUAAGAAAGGCCAUUAAUGCCUACUUAAACUAAGAUUUGCACUUUGUAUACCAUUACGAUAUUUUACCUCAUUUUGUAAAUAUUAUAUUUAAUUAAUACUUUUUAUACAUAAGGUAGAUUUAUUAAUAAAUCCUUAAAAGGACUGUGUCUAUGUUUUUAAUAAAGAAAAAAACUGUCAAUGUA